GAGAAAUGUAAACAUUUGAUCAGGAUUCUUUCAUACAGGUCACUACACAUUUGUUUCUCCUUGUUCAGUGACAACAAAAAGUUUUACAUAAUGUCACAUUUAGAAGAGAUUUCAACUGAUAAAAUCCACUUUUCUGACUUUGUGAAAGAGAAAAUAAGAGUAUGGUUUAAAAUGAUGGAUACUACAAAAGAUGGAUUCAUGGCUAAAGAAGACUUUGAACUUAUAGCUAAUCGCUUUGCAGUGCAGUACAAUUUGGAUGAGGACAGAGCAAAAGAAAUUUAUGGGUGGCUUGUUGAUGGGUUUAAAAAGGUUGACAAUGAACACAGUGGUGAUGUUAUGCCAUUGGUGACACAAAUGGCUGAAGCAAUUAAAAAUGGUGCCAAAAUCUCUGAGGAUGAGUAUAUUGGUGCAAUUGGACAACUUAUGACAGUUGAUCCACUUAUGGCUCGGAACAGCCUGAAAUCUGCUGUAACAUUAUUUUUCCAAAUAUUUGACUUUGACAAAGAUGGCUUUAUAACGUGUGAUGAACUCGAAAAGGGAUUGGCUUGUUUUGGAUAUGGCAACAAGGAGGUAAUUGACAAAGUUUUUGAAUGCAUGGUGAAAGAUCAUGUGGGUAAAAUGAGCCAGGAUGAAUAUGUAAAUGCAUGGCUAGAUUUUAUAUUUGGAGAAGAUAAAGACAACCCAUUUGUGAAGUAUUUUGCUCCACAUUUGCUUUAAAAAGAGAUAUAUACAAGGAAGGGAGCUUAAGAACUGAUGGAAUGUGAGAAUUAUUUAAACAGAAGAGAAA